CUAACUAAAUGCCCACCCCUCACUACCAGCCAAUGCCAUGCGUGUUCAGCUUGUUGCGUCCGGUUCGUCAUUGCAAUCAUAACCUGUGUGCGUUUAUAAGAAGCACACGAUCAGGUAACCAGCCAUCCCAAGUGCCGGUCUUUACAAGCAAACCAAACCUGCCGGUGCACGAUGCCGGCCAACUUGCCCCGUGUCGUCCUCUUCCUCACCGCCGCCGGCCUCCUCCUGGCCGCAUCCGCCAGCCCGGUGGCCGGCGGCGGCAACCACAGCGGCGGUAGGAUGGUCAUCAUCCGCGCUCCCGGGGCAAGGGUGGUCGCCGGUGCUCGUAACGAUCGCGCGACGGCCGCGUCGAUGUGGCAGCGGCGCCUGGAGGACGAGGUGGCCCCGGAGUUCCCGACGGCGGCCGGCGGCGGCAUGCUGGGGGCGGACGGCGGGCACAUCUCCUACGACGCCCUCGAAAAGGACAAGACGGGGUGCCAGAGCGGCAACCAGUGCACCGGGAAGGGAGGAGGGUCCUACACCCGGCCGUGCACGUACAAUAACGAAUGCCGCCCGUGACCAAACUGAACUGAACUGAAGAUAUAUGCCUGCACCCAGAUCUGGGGCAUGAAGGUUGAAGUAAUAAACAAGCUGCAAAAAGAUUGUACUUUUUUCACGAAAGAAUCAAGCAGGAGAGGAUCAAUGGAGCUGGUAAUUUAGCAGCAGCGUGCAUGCAUGUCUGCAUAUAAUAUUGCACGCCGGCGCGUGGUUGCGUCGCGUUCAUCAGUGCUGGUUCAUUUGCGCUAGGACCUGUCCCAUGAGAUGUGCCGCUGCUAUGCUUGUGCGUCGUCAGGGCCCUGCCUGCCUGCCUUCAUGUGAGCGCGUCCCCAUCGUGCACUGCUAUGGCGAUCACAGGGCUAUCAGCUUACUGCAUUACUGCUAGCUUAAGCAUGGAGAUCACAGCCGUCUCGUCAUGGUUUGGUGCAGAUGGUGACGGUUUUUAAGCAGUUUAUGUUAGUUACGUUGAUCACAGUAGGCACACGUACUUGACAGGAGAAGAUCAAGCCUAGUUUGUAAUUAUACGCAUAAUAGGAU